AUGCAGUCUUUGGAAGACUCUAUUCCUGAUGACUGCUUCACCACUGCAAGCGAUUCUUCUGAUUCAGCCAAUCCCUCAAGCGAGUCUUAUCAAUUGGCUGCAGAUGCCAUUUGUCGGCAGUUUGAUGUUGAGCUGCUUGUUCGUCGUCAAGAAAUCACUGCAAUCCGCACUGAAAUUGCUCGAACUGAAUACGUUCUUGAAACCUUGCAGUAUCUUCUAGCCAAUGGAUAUGAUCGAGUUGGGCUAGCUGGCAUAAUAGCUGGAUAUGAAGCUAAAGAUCAUGCAGUUUCUUUUAGUGAGCAUGGCUCUGCCAAUCCACGCAGUCUUUACAAAUCCCAUUCAACCUCUAUCGAUCCUUUUCCAGAACCUGGUGAUUCAGAUAGUUAUAAUAGUCCUGCAAAUUCGUCACAUCUGGCUGAAUACAAGCAACCAUCAAUUAAAGCCAUGUCAACUAAAAUUUCUGGUCAGCAUUAUCUGCAAAGGCGAUUUCAACAACCAUCUUCACCUUUAAACUUACCACAGACUCCUGAAAUCAAAGUUUAUCACGAACCGGUGGACUGGAGCGAUUUUGAAACUCCAAUAUCAAUCGAAAUUGCUCCAAUUGUUAUAUCUCCAAAUCUGUCGCAUAGCAAUACAGAAAAUAGCGAUACGCUUGAUGAUAAUCGUUACGAGUCAUGUUCUAAAUCAGAUUCAGACAAAAACUCUGUAUACAUGCAAGAUGUGGGUGAUGCAUCUUUGGAAGUGGACAAAAAUGGCAGUUUUUUUAUGUUAGCUAGCGAUCUUAAAGGUCACAUCAAAGAGUCAAGGUACCAUCUCAUACAAGAGAUUAUUGUUGGAAACACUGCCGAGUUGGUUGCAAAAGAAGACCAGCACUUUAAAAUAGAUAAGGAUCAGUACAAGUGGACAGUCUUUAUCAAAGGCUCUUCAAAUGUUGGCAGCAAAGACUUUGGCUGUUUGGUUCGAAAAGUUCGGUUUUUUCUUCAUCCAGACUAUCGCCCAUAUGAUGUCAUUGAUGUCACCCAACCACCAUUUGAAGUUUCUAGAUGCGGAUGGGGAGAGUGUCCAGUGAGAUUACAGAUCCAUUUUUGGGACCCAAUCAAUAAGCCAAUCAAUAUUAUCCAUAUGCUCAAUUUUCACUUUUCGGGUGAAAAUAAAGCUAAAGGAGAGCGGAAACUGGAGAUUGAAAUUCAUCGUAGCACCAAACUUAAACAUUCUACACACAUCACUGCCGAUCAUGAUCAAACUACUAAUGCAUUGGAAUUUGGACCAGAGUGCAAUUCAAACUCUCAAGCAACUCCAUCUAAUAUAUUCGACCUUUCAGCUACUGAGCCAGCAAUUUCAAAUGCAGUUAAUCUCCCAGAGUCGACAUCCGCAUUUGAUAGUAAUACUCUAACCACCCUUUCUUCAGAAAUCAUUGAGCUAAUUGAGGCUGGAUGCAAGCGAUAUCCAAUUAUUCGUAAAGACAUGAUUUCAGAGUCAUCGUACAGUUACUCGACUGCGUCUGAUUUUAAAUCAUUUAUGUCUUGGAGUAUGGGAAAACGGAAAUCUGUCGAGGUUGUAUAUUAUAUUUAUGGUGCAACUGUUUACAACUUUCAACGUGCAAAAUUGGUCAAGCAAUAUAUAGAGAUGAAUAGUUUGACUACCGUUAAACUGCAAACUGUUGUUGCUUGGUGUCGGCAGCUAGGACAUACUCCUAGUUCAAUUCGGAGUUUUCCUCGUUCUCAAAAAAUGUCGCCACCACCUUUGGUGGAAAAAAAAGACUCUAUCAAGCCGAUAUACUGUCUUUACUGUGGGAAAUUAAACUGUCUUGACUGUAGCCAACCUAUUUAUUCAUUGUUUCAAACAAUGUCAAAAUUUGAUGUAAUGCGAGAUCGUUUUAGCUCUGACUUUCAUUGGAUCACACUGCAAAAAACUCUCUAUGCAAUCAACCCGAUGAAUCAUUUUCAUCCGGUAGUUUAUUGGAGGCGAAAUCGCUCGAGAUUCAAUGGGUUAUGGCAGUUUUGCGACGGAUACCAAGUUCCAACUGGCACGUGGAGAAUGUAUCUCAAAGUACCACAUCUACACAACCAGUCUCCCGGCCCAUUCUUUUGGUUGCGAUGGCUGUCCGCAUGUUUUUAA